AUGCUUUUGACCAUCAUAUCAGAUCAUUAUCCUGACAUGAACAAUAACUAUUAGGAUUUUUUUCUAAUCUCUUACAAUUAGUCGUACAUAACUUGUCACUGGAAGUACUCCCUAUAAAUUUAUUUCGUGAACGAAAGUCUCUAAUUCUAUAGGUGCAUGGUUGAAAACCCGAUAUAUCCUAGAAGACUUAGAAACAAACUUAAAAGAUCCAUCAGUUAUGUUGGUACAUACUCAAUGAUGCUUAAACUUAAUCCCUGCCCAGAAGAUAAAGAAAAUGGAUAUGGAAAAGAAAUGGCCUAAAAUCUAGAAGAACUUGAAAAGAUUGCUCAAGAACUUGAUAGAUCAAUAUAAUGA